CCACCCCUAUUUUUUGAGCUCUGUGCACGUUGUAUGAGAAAAAUUUAUGCAGAUGUAUUCGCCAAUUGUAACCAAGUCCGGAUUGUGAAAUUGCACGCAGACAGCGAGCAUCAUAAUAAGCGCUCUAAUUGGAGAAGGCAGAAGUUUCGAAUUAAGCCAUUUCGGAGACGUUUCGUCCGUGGCACGCGAUUGUGUCAACGUCACCUUUGGAGCACUCGCCCUCUCUCGCUCGCUCCCGCUUUCGUUGCCAAUUUUUUGCUUGCCCUCUCUCGGUCACUCCCUUCGAAAGCUUAACGGUUAGAGUGUAAUAAUGAAAUAACCCAGUUUCGAAUUUCGUUCACAACAAAAGUGCGGGCCUUUCAUGCCAAAAUAACAUUUGGUUUCGAAUUGUUUUUCAAAUUCGAAUCGAGGUUUUCCAGCUUUCCAGUUUGACAGCGAGAGAACGAGAGAGAGCGAGGGCGAAUUACGGUGUUCGCGCUCUGCUUGUGCUUUCCACUCCACUCCCCUUCUUAACUUCCCCCCUCCCAGCCUAUUUACUCUGUGUGCAUGUGUAAAUGAAUACUUUAAAACGUUUUUAAUCGUUGCAGUGUAUUCAUCGCCAGCCACGUUAAAAGGAAGAACGUGUAUGUGAAUACGACCAUCAGAGGAUCUUAGCGAAGGAUUCAGGAGCCCAAAUUCUUAAUCCCCAUCCCACACACACACAUAUACUCGCACGUAGGCACGCUCUCUGUGAGAGGAAGGGUAAAUAAAAGAAGCAACGAGCAAAAUGUCUGGCGAGGAAACGUCUGCCGAUCGCAAUGUCGAGAUCUGGAAAAUCAAGAAGCUCAUCAAGAGCCUGGAAAUGGCCCGCGGCAAUGGAACCAGCAUGAUUUCUUUGAUUAUUCCGCCAAAGGAUCAAAUCUCGCGCGUCAGCAAGAUGUUGGCCGAUGAGUUUGGAACGGCGUCGAACAUCAAGUCGCGUGUAAAUCGGUUGUCCGUCCUCGGUGCCAUUACGUCGGUACAGCACAGACUCAAAUUAUACACCAAAGUGCCUCCCAACGGUUUGGUCAUCUACUGCGGCACAAUAGUCACAGAGGAGGGCAAGGAGAAGAAGGUGAACAUAGACUUUGAGCCAUUCAAGCCCAUAAACACGUCGCUCUACCUCUGCGACAACAAGUUCCACACGGAGGCCCUCACUGCCCUGCUCGCCGACGACAACAAAUUUGGAUUCAUCGUGAUGGAUGGUAACGGAGCGCUAUUCGGUACCCUUCAGGGCAACACGCGCGAGGUGCUCCACAAGUUCACCGUCGAUCUGCCGAAGAAGCACGGUCGUGGUGGUCAGUCCGCCCUUCGUUUCGCCCGUCUGCGUAUGGAGAAGCGCCACAACUACGUGCGGAAGGUCGCCGAGGUGGCCACCCAGCUCUUCAUCACGAACGACAAGCCCAACAUUGCCGGACUCAUCCUGGCUGGUAGUGCGGAUUUCAAGACUGAGCUUAGUCAGUCUGAUAUGUUCGAUCCUCGUUUGCAAUCAAAAGUCAUCAAGCUGGUGGACGUGUCGUAUGGUGGGGAAAACGGUUUUAACCAGGCCAUUGAACUGGCGGCCGAAUCAUUGCAGAACGUUAAAUUCAUACAGGAGAAGAAACUCAUUGGUCGCUACUUUGAUGAAAUUUCUCAGGAUACUGGCAAAUACUGUUUUGGAGUGGAGGACACUUUGCGGGCACUGGAACUUGGCUCUGUAGAGACUCUCAUUUGUUGGGAGAACCUGGAUAUUCAACGUUAUGUUCUCAAGAAUCAUGCCAACUCGACGUCAACGACAGUAUUACAUUUGACGCCCGAGCAGGAAAAGGACAAGUCGCACUUCACUGACAAGGAGAGCGGGGUAGAAAUGGAGCUGAUUGAGUCUCAGCCGCUGCUGGAAUGGCUGGCAAACAACUACAAAAUGUUCGGCGCCACACUGGAGAUUAUCACGGAUAAGUCCCAGGAAGGAAGUCAGUUCGUGCGAGGUUUCGGUGGAAUCGGCGGUAUCUUACGCUACAAGGUGGAUUUCCAGAGUAUGCAGCUCGAUGAAUUGGACAAUGAUGGCUUCGAUCUAGAUGAUUACUAGGAAAUGUAUCUGUAGAAAUGAAUUUGCCACUACGUUCGACCGCAAACUGAACUGCAACUACAACUAUAUGAAUCCAGGAAAUCAAAUAGAAUAUUUAAAUAAUAUGAGAAAACACAAACCUUCUUCCAUUUUUACGUUGUUGGCGAAAAAAGUAAAAUUUUAAAUAAUGCAUAUAGAUACAAACGAUAAAAUGUUAAAUCGAGGAAAACAUAUUAAAAUGCAACCGUUUUACGUGAAC